GUAUUUCCAGCGGGUGGGGAGGGUGGGGGUGGGGUGGGGAGCGGUGGGGGCUGGGCUAGGGGAGUCUCUUAUUAACAUUCUUACAUCAGGGCUCCUCCUCCCCGCACCCCUACUCUUCCCACCCCUCCCCUGUCCCUGACUCCCACUCCUCGCCAGCCCCUCUGCCUUUUCCUUAAAGCCGCAAUCUUUCACUUCUACAGUCGCGGAAGCCCCCACCGAGCUACACCGCCACCGGGGUCCCCGCCUCUCCCUGGCCGGGCACGCGGCAGCUCUGUCUCCAGCUCUGGGCUUUAAAAAUGGAAAUGUGUUUGAAAGUAAAGAAUCGCGCGCAGACACACUCACACACGCGCGCGCGCGCCUUGCAAAAAAAAAAAAACGGGAUUAAGGGAAAGGGAUGGCCCCAGAAAUUGGUGGUUUGGUUGAAAAACAAACAAACAAACACCCUGGCUCCCGUCUGCUCUCACCUCUCUCUCACUCCAGCCACAGUCUCUCCACACGCGCCAACUUGGGACGGGCUCUCGACCUUCGUGGUCCCCUGGCGCAAGGUCAGGAAACAGGGACCAAGGUCCCGGGGCAGAUGGCUGGGUCGAGGGCCUGGAACGCCCAGCUGCCCGGGCGUCCUCGCCCCGCUUCUUCCCCUGCUCCCCACCCCCGGCGGCCACCUCCCCGCGAGCUGCGCGCUUCCGCGCACGAGUCGCCGUGCCGCUCGGGAUUCAGGGUCCCAGCGCACCCACAUCUCCCGCGGCGCGCGGCGAGCAGAAAAGCGAAACUUGUUGCUUCCAAAGGGAAAAACGAUUCUUCUGAAGGUAGCAGAACGCUUGAAAAGCAUCUCCAAGGCGUCCUCUGGGCUUUAUGUGCUAAGCCAGGCAGGCACAGCAGCGGGGAAGACGAGGAUGGACACGGUCGCGGACACGAAGUCGGUGGCCGGAGGAGCCUCGCCAGGGACCGCCGAGCUGCGGGGCAGGUUCGAAGGGAACUUGACCCUUCGAUCGUGGUAACACGCCGAGGUCAUUUGCAGUAUGAACGUGCUAUAUUGGACUGGUGAAUUCUGAUAUUUAAGUGCCACGAAUUAAAAUAAAUUGGAAAAUGUU